GGGUCAAGAUGGCGGAGAGCAGAACGAAGCGUCGGAACCAAGCUGAGCAGAACUGCUGGAAGAGCAACGUUAAUGAAGGUGGUUGUGGGUUCGAUUCCAUCACAUCAGAGAUGAGGCCCGACGAAGAGGAGGAAGUGGGUGUGGCCAGGCCGGUGCAGAUUGUGGUGGCCCAUGAGGAAGACCACAGCUUCUCCCUGGAUGAGGAGGCAUUGGAGAGGGUGCUCCUCCAGGAGAACAUCAGAGACCUGAAUGUGGUGGUGGUCUCAGUGGCCGGAGCCUUCCGGAAGGGCAAGUCUUUCCUGCUGGACUUCAUGCUGCGCUUCAUGUACAACCAGUCUGCCAGCUGUUGGAUGGGUGGGGAUGAAGAGCCUCUGACUGGUUUCACAUGGCGGGGAGGUUGUGAGCGGGAGACAACAGGGAUUCUGGCCUGGAGCGACGUGUUUGUAGUGGAGAAACCAAACGGCUGCAAGGUUGCAGUUCUCCUAAUUGACACCCAGGGGGCGUUUGACAGCCAGUCCACCAUCAAAGACUGUGCCACGCUGUUUGCUUUAAGCACGAUGACCAGCUCCGUCCAGGUGUACAAUCUCUCUCAGAACGUCCAGGAAGAUGACCUCCAGCACCUCCAGCUCUUCACAGAGUAUGGGAGACUGGCCAUGGAAGAGGUUUACGAGAAACCUUUUCAGACCCUGAUGUUCCUGAUCCGAGACUGGAGUUAUCCCUAUGAACAUCCCUACGGCCUGCAGGGAGGACACAGCUUUCUGGAGAAACGACUACAGGUGAAGCAGAACCAACACGAGGAGCUGCAGAACGUCAGACAGCACAUUCACUCCUGUUUCUCCAACAUCAGCUGCUUCCUUCUGCCGCACCCCGGCCUCAAGGUUGCCACCAACCCCCAGUUUGAUGGCCGCAUCCGAGAUAUUGACGAAGAGUUUAAAAAGGAGCUGGUGAAUCUGGUUCCUACACUGCUCGCUCCAGAGAACCUGGUGGAAAAGGAGAUCGGAGGAGUGAAAGUCACCUGCCGAGACCUCCUUCAUUAUUUCAAAGCCUACAUGAAGAUCUACCAAGGGGAGGAGCUUCCACACCCAAAGUCAAUGUUACAGGCAACAGCUGAAGCCAAUAACCUGGCAGCUGUGGCUGGAGCCAAAGACAUCUACAACAAGAGCAUGGAGCAGCUCUGCGGCGGAGACAAACCCUAUGUCUCACCGUCCGAGCUGGAGUGCCGACACGUUGAGCUGCGGCAGGCAUCCGUCCGACACUUCCGCACCAUAAAGAAGAUGGGCGGCGAGGAAUUCUGCCAGCGUUACCAGGAGCAGCUGGAGGCAGAGCUCGACGACAUGUACGCCAACUUCACUAAGCACAACCAUGGCAAGAACAUCUUCUUCGCCGCGCGCACGCCCGCCAUCCUGUUCGCCGUGAUGUUCGUCAUGUACGUGGUGUCGCUGGUGACAGGCUUCGUGGGGAUCAGCUCGGUGGCGACGCUGUGUAACUUCGUGAUGGGCGUGGCCUUGGCCUCCCUUUGCACCUGGGCCUACGUCAAAUACUCUGGCGAGUUCCGUGAGCUGGGUGGAGUCAUCGACCGGGUGGCUGAGACCCUCUGGGAACAGAAGACUCCGCGUAAGGUGUUCUCCAAGCUGUUCGAGGUGGCACGCAGUCGAGUCCCGUUGGGCGGUCUGGUUCCGACGAGUCGACACACGCCGGCCUCCAACAACAACAUCAAGAAGAAGAACUAACAUGGCCAACACCCCACCCCACCCAGCACCACCUCAUUUUCCUUCCCAUUUGUUAGACACGUUUCACCCCCCGAGGCUGCAGGUUGGCACUUUGAGAUUUUUUUCCAAUUUGUUUUUACAUUUUUGGCGGUGAAGGGGCGGAAUUUAAAUAUUCAUGGUGGGCGGGGCUUUCUGCCAGGUGGCUUUACCAGCUCAAUGACCAGAUUUCUCUUCCCUAUCCUACUUUUUCAACCUUUUCUCCCUUUGUUAUCCACUGUCAUAUCUCCCUCCUCUCUCGUGUGCCGUAGAUCCAAAGUUUAUGGCUUUAGGACUUUAGCACCGCCCGGUCCAAUAUCAUCCCAAACAGGAAGCAAAGGUGGGGCAGAGACUUGCAGGGUGGUGCAGGGUUAAUCUGUAAUCUGUAGAUAAAAUGUAAUUCCAUGAUUUACUUCUCCUGUCCACACCGUCUACCCCCGGCGGUACUCUUGUCAGGAGAAACUAUGGACCCGGUGAAACACACUUCCUGUCAGUCCGAGCGGGAGGCGGAGCAGAACUCUACAUACAGUUCCAACCAGACGCUGGAGCGGCUCCGCAGUGCUUGAUGUCUGAGCGUUUGGCUGUCAGUCAAGUCACUCUCAUCUUGUCUGCACACAUCGGCUCUUCUCCGAGACCAUUUUCCAGGUUUUGGCCGCUCGGUUCUCCACCCGAGUUCAUUGCAACACUACUGGAUUCUCUCAGCCAUGUGGCGCUGUUCCCAACAUAUUUGGUUUAUUUAUUGAUUAUACUGAAAUAAGCUUGAUCACGUGGAGUCUUAUGAUGUGAUGUUUCAUGAAGAAGUGAAAAGGAUCGGCCUCUUGGUGCAAGCCCAGUCCAGAGGAGCUGUCUGUGCAGAAGGAUUCACACCGGCCAGUGUGACUGGUGUUGGGUCUGAUGUUGUGUUCUCCAGUUUGUGCGUGGGGUCAUCAUUCCAUCCACGUCAUCCCCUCAGCUGUCUGCUGUGUUUCUGUACAGGCUGGUUUUAAGGCCUGCUCAGAUGUAAAGGCAUGUGUAUGAACUAUACAUAUAUAAAUACAUUUUCUAAACCUUUUGUAGCUGGAAGACCACUGGUGUCAUGCUAAACCACAACACGGCUCGCUGCAUAUACAGGAAUGCUGUUGUCAUGUGUGCGUAUGUCAGCUAAUUACCUUUAUUUUUAUAUAUAUAUAUAUAUAUAUAUAUAUAUAUAUAUAUAUAUA